CCAAAGCUACUCUGACUCUAAUUUCCACAAAGAGCUGGAGGUCCUGGGCCGGGAACUACCCAUGCCAGCUCACCUGCAGGAGGAGCAAGACUAUAGGCUACAGACGGAUGGCAACUGCUGCAGCCACUUCCUGGUGAAUGAGGAGAGAGAUUCUCAGGGUCAAGAGGAAAUCAUUCAGGAUAUUGCCAGGUAGCUCGCCAAAAUAGGGGACGAUAUGGAUCGUAGCAUCCACCCAGGACUGGUGAAUAACCUGGCAACAGAGUUCACGAAUAGGAGACUGUCGGAAGAAGACAGAAGGCAGUGCCUCGCUGCUGCGCUGGAGCGGGUCAUGCAAACUUACCCCACAGACAUGGAAGAUGAGAAGACCAUGCUGAUAUUGGCCAUGUUCUUGGCCAAAAAGGUGGCUGAUCACACACCAUACUUGCUCCGUGAAGUCUUUCGCACAACAGUGAACUUUAUUAACCAGAACCUGUUCACCUACGUGAGGAACUUGGUCAGAAAUGACAUGGACUGAGUGGACACCUCUGCCGAAGCAAGACUGGUUAAAACUUGAUA